AUGGGCAACACGUCAAGUAUUAUUAGAUUCUCUGAAGAAAUCAGUCCACCCAGUGAUGAGAUUGAAGAGGCAGAGGCAAAACCUCUUCGAGAAUGUAGCAAUAGGGACUUGUUUUGUUUAUGUAUUCAUUACAAUUUCAAGAACGAUACUGUCAUAAAUGCUGUAACAAUGAACAAUGAUUUUAAUGGAAAGUUAUUCGAAGGGUUGGCAAAGGAAACUAAUUAUGCCAAAAUUCAACAAGAAAAGGAACUGUUGCAACAAAAGAUGUCCAAGUACAAGAUUGAUAAUAUUUCUGCAAUUGUGUUUUUGGAACAAGUUAUCAUGAAGAAGAAAAUUGAUGAUGAAAAGAGUGGAAGAGUCAAGUUUGAAGAUGAUUCGAAUAGAUUAGUACUAAAUGUCUCGGAAGAUACUUUGGAAUCAGAUGGUCAAGCUGGCCAGAAUUCUACCUCUGUCAACCCAGUGAACAAACCCAACAAAACUUUUGAAUCAAUCAAUGAAACACUUUUCUCAAAGCCAAGUAUUUCUCCAACACCUGCUAUUAUUGAUGCUACUGCGUACCCAACCACAACCGAUGUCCAAUAUAGUGCAAACAGAUUAACUCUUUUAGAAAAGGAUCGAGUUGGAAUGGCCAAGAAAAAGUUAGAGAAAUAUUAUGAUUUCUUGAGAAAGAAUAAUAGAACUCCCAAAGAUGCUAGAAUGACAGGCGAUUUGGAAGUGGAUGCUCAAAACUUGGUGUGUGAAGAUAGAUUAUUGAAUAGGGAAUUUAUGAGUUCUAUUGUUAAGCAAAAUUCAAAGAAGCUUAAUUGUGAACCAUUUCUGCGAGUCAAGUUGUUGAUUUCUGAUUUAGGUAAUAGUCCUUUUAUGACCAAGUUAAUGAGCUACUUUUCAAAUGCUGAUAUGGGAAUUGUUCAUACUGGCCUUUUAAUUGGUGAAUGGAAGAUUGAAUGGUUCAACUCAUCAACUGUUAUUGUAAGGAGUGACUCUAUUCAACAAAUCAAAUCUGACAAGACAAUUGCAGCAAUUGACAUUGGAGAAAUACGUGGUGCUGAGAAUGUUAAGCAAACAUUUAGAAAGUUGACUGAAAUUAUUUGUAAAUAUAAUGGAUCAGUUCAAUAUCACCAAUUCAAAGCCAAUUGCCAACAUUUCACAUCUGAGGUACUAUCUGCUUUGAAUUUGCAACUUCCAAAGAGUGAAUGCUUUGACAAGUAUUUUGAUAAUUUAAGGAAUGGAAAAGUUGACCGAACAUUCUAUUUCUCUGAAAUUUUGAGAGAUAUGAUUAGUAAGACUAAUAUUUCCAAUGAUUACACCAACAAGAACUCCUCUACUUUUAAGAAUAGAAAAUCACUCAACAUAUUUUGCAAUUUUAUCGACUCACUCGAAUAUUUCAAAACUGUUGAAGACACAUUCCAUUUGACCGUUAUUAGAGGAAAUAAUUUGAUGGUAUCGGAUGUAGGAGGAACAAGUGAUGGAUUUGUGGAAGUGUCUAUCAUUGGAAGAGAUUGCAAGGCUUUGGCCUUCUCAGGGAAAACUCCAGUCGUGAUGAAGAGCCUUAAUCCAACCUGGAAUUGUGAUUUUGAGAGUGAGUUGGCGAAGAUUGAUGAUUACGGAAAGGGAAUUAAGAUUAAAUUUACAGUAUUUGAUUUUGAUAAAUUCACAAAGAAUGAGGCAACUUCUGGAACAAUAACAAUCAAGUACAGAUAUGAGAGUUAUCUUGCUAAGGAAAUUAAUAAUAUGGAAAAGUAUUCAAUUGAAUAUCCAUUUGGAGAUAAUUCUGUAGAGUUAUUCAUUCUUGAUGAAUAUUACAUUGGAAAUUUGAAUUUUGAUGUUUCGGAGAAGAGUGUAUUGUAUAGGAAAGAAGAUGAAGAUAAAUGGAUACUUGCAUGGUUUGCAAAUUUUGGAGAAGUAUGCCCCGAGUUGGAGUUUGAUGAGAUUGUGGCAAAUAUCAAAUCUGAAUCCAUUGAGAAGUUAAUGUCUACUUAUUUAAACGCUCAAGAUAUUAUCAUUAAAUCAGAUUCACCUCAAACAACUAGGAGAAAUUAG